AUGCAGUCCCGCUCAGCGUCGAGAGGAAGCCAGUAUAUUCGCGGCACUAGGCCAAAGGAUCAGAGCCAGUACAAGCAUACCCAGGCCCAGUCCCAGGACAUCAGCAGCACCAGCGGCAGCUACUUCGAUAUCAAUUCGCCGGCAUAUCACAACCAGGCCAGGAUCCAGGGCAGAAGCCAGAGCCUGAGCCAGGUACAGGAGAGGACGUCGAGAUACUACAAGCCCGACGAUGCUGCAAGAUACAACUACGACAAGCCGUACCAGGCAUAUCAGAAGAAGACCAUAGAGUCUCCCUACCGGGCAUACUCGCCGCAUGUCUACGAGUUGAGCGCGGAUGAAGGCGUCUGUCUCCCUGCGCUGGAUACUUUUCAGCCACUUCAAUCGCUCGUCAACUUCAGUCCGGCCAGUCCUGCUGCCUCGUCCAGCAAUGCCAGUCUUGACCGUCAAGCAGCCGUCUCUCGUCCGGUACCGACGGCCGUGGCUCAGCGGUCAGCUACAGUCUCCUAUCCUCGACCGAUGUCUGUGGCCGUGAGGAGUGAUUCAUACUACUCCAAUGCCAGCCCGGUUGCCUCGACCACCAGCCUCGACAGACCGGCCACUUCGGCCGUCGCCUAUCGUCCGGUGUCUACCGCCGUUCCUCGACCGAUGUCUGCUGCCGUGGCUCAGCGGUCGAUGUCGAGUGCUGCUCCUCGGCCUAUUUCGACGGCAGUCAGGAGUAACUCGUACUAUUCCAACGCCAGUUCUGCUCCUAGUCCGGUUGCCAGUUCAGUUGCCCUUCCAGCUGCCAUUCAAGUUGCCAGUUCAGCUGCUCCUAGUCCUGUUGCCAGUUCAACUGCGAGUCCGGUUGCUCCAAGUCUAGUUGCAUCUAGCAGCACCACCAGCCUUGACCGUUCGAUGCCUACUGCACUCGCUCAGCGGUCCAUGUCUACGGCCGUCCUCCCUCGACCGGCUCCGGCGGCCGUCGCUCAGCGCUCAAUUUCUACAGUUACUCGACCGGCCUCUGCCGUCAGAAGCAGUUCAUACCACGCCAACACCAAAGCCAACCCGGGCAUAGUAGCAACACGAAACACCAUCGUCUUCGAUGCAGGUCUGCUCAGCGGGUACGGGCAGCAGCAGCAACAGCAGCAAACGCCUACACCCCCGGCGGCAGCGGCAACAUCAUCGUCAGAAUACGUCGCCAAACAGCCUCGUUUCUAUGCUUCGUUGCGAGCGUCAAUGCUAGUCCCAGACUCGGUACAAGUUACCACUGUUGAAGAAGAGACCACGGCCAUCCGUCAGCGGCAAUCAGUAUACGGACAACAGGCACGACCACGAUCGAACCGACGCUCUCAAUGGCCCAGAGCCAGCUCGCGUUUUUUCACCGGCAGCCCCAUCGCAGAUAUCGCCGAUAGCGACGAAGCAAGCACAACAGAUAACGUCGAUAGCCGCGCCUCUCUCUCCUGUCCAUCCCUGCUACCCGCCAGCCAACUGAGUUCUGUAUCAUCUACAUCCCCCUCAACCCCCAAGUCGAGUGGAGACGACUAUAAAUCGCAGUAUAGAAAGACUAAAUCCUUCCCCCUCGAGAAGACCAUGACCAUGUCUUCGUCCAGAACGACGACAGCGACGUCAGACUUUAACGCGCGAGACGAUACGGAUGACCGUGCAUCCAAGGCACGGAAGUUGAUUAAGCGAAACCCUUCGGCGCCAGCACCGCCGUCGUUUCCUACUCCGCGGUCCAUGUCUGUGGCGCCGCCGAUGCCGACUUCUGCUCCGCCGUCUCCUCCUUCUCUCCCUCGCGCGAUGUCUAUACAUAUACCGCCCCGCUCGGGCUCGGCGGGAGCAGCCACGGAGAAGGUUAAGAAGAAGCGUCUCGCGUCCUUGUGGACUGGCAUGGGUGGCUUGUUCCGUCUUCGAGUUUCAAGUUGA